AUGGAAAGACUCUUGUUCCUGGGCUUUGUUACAGCUGUUGCGGUCUCAGGUCCCGUUGGGCGAUAUCCCGGGGAUAAAGUUCUGCGUCUGAAGCCGGACAAUGAACAGCACCUACAGUUUAUAAGGGAUGUGUCCCACACUGCGGAGGUUGAUUUUUGGCAGCCACAUUCGGUUGAGCUGGUGACCACAAACAGGAGUGUGGAUUUCAGGGUCGGUGCUGGUUGGGCCUCGGAAGUUCAGGCUGGACUGAAGAAGAUUGGAUUGAAAUAUGAGGUAUUAAUUGAGAACCUGCAGAACUUGAUGAAGAACCAGUUUGACCGAAAGGGGUCCCGGUCGGUUCGCUAUGAUUAUGAACGCUAUCAUAACUGGGAUCAGAUUGAAUCUUGGACUGCUGCUAUUGCUGAUGAAAACCCAAACCUAAUUUCUCGGUUUGAAAUUGGACGGAGCUAUGAGGGACGAAGCAUCUAUCUCCUCUGGGUAGGCAAGAGAACAGGUUCUCCAAAACCUGCUAUCUUCUUGGACUGUGGAAUCCAUGCCAGGGAAUGGAUUUCUCCAGCAUUUUGCCAGUGGUUCGUGAAAGAGGCUAUUAGAAAUUUUGGAAUAAGUUCUACUCUGAACACUCUUGUCAAUGAACUGGAUUUUCUGGUUGUUCCUGUUGUAAAUGUAGAUGGUUAUGCCUAUUCCUGGACCAAGGAUCGGCUUUGGAGGAAGACACGAUCCAGAAAUCCUGGCUCCGACUGUGUGGGCACUGAUCCGAACAGAAACUUCAAUGCCAAAUGGUGUGGCAAUGGAGCCUCAAGGGAUCCAUGUUCUCCGAUUUACUGCGGACCAUAUGUAGAAUCUGAAAAGGAGGUCAAGGCUCUUGCAGACUUCAUCCGUAACCACAGUUCAAUCAUCAAGGCGUAUCUCACCAUGCAUUCGUACUCUCAGAAAUGUUUGUUCCCAUACUCCUACACCUACUCAUUGGUGUUUGACCACGAUGAACUGAAUGACCUAGCUCGGAAUGCAGUUGGGGCUUUGCACAGUCUUCAUGGAACUCGCUAUGGCUUUGGUCCCGGAUCAAGCACAAUAUAUCUUGCUGCUGGUGGUUCAGAUGACUGGGCGUAUGACCUUGGCAUCAAGUAUUCGUUCACCUUUGAGCUUCGUGACACUGGCAGAUACGGCUUCCUGUUGCCUGAGUCUCAGAUCAAACCAACGUGUGAAGAAACCAUGUUGGCCAUCAACUAUAUUGCCACUUAUGUUCUCAGCACUUGGCUUAACCCAAUGGGUGAAUGGACAAAAUGAUAGAUGUCUGUUGGCUGAUUUUAAAGUUUAAGGUUUAGUGUUGAAAUCUUGUUUGAUUUUGCAGACGCAAGGGUUCAAGAUUUUUUUUUAAGGUAUAAUACACCAGCAUACCAAGUGCAUCUGAAGGUACAGCAGGGACAUUCUAAAUAGGAUAAUAUUUGUUUUGGAAUACACAGCAAUGGCUGU